AUGGCAAUGAAGACAUGUGGCUCUAAUCUUCAAGGACCAAGUGGUACCUUUACGUCUCCCAACUUUCCAUUCCAGUAUGACAGCAAUGCACAAUGUGUCUGGGUCAUCACAGCAGUGAAUACAAAUAAGGUUAUCCAGAUAAAUUUUGAAGAAUUUGAUCUGGAGAUUGGCUACGAUACCUUGACAAUUGGUGAUGGGGGAGAAGUUGGAGACCCAAGGACAGUGCUUCAAGUGCUGACUGGAAGCUUUGUCCCAGACUUGAUAGUGAGCAUGAGUAGCCAAAUGUGGCUGCACCUUCAAACAGAUGAGAGUGUUGGAUCUGUUGGCUUCAAGGUUAACUACAAAGGUAAUGAUGAAUUGCUACUGUGAGAAGUAUGUUAUCUCAAUUCCACCAGAGAAUACUUUCAAAUUUGAACUUAAUUGCAUCUACAGAAUAAAAGCUUUGCAGAACACAAUCAAGAAUACAUUUCAACAAAAUCAGUUCCUCUUUAAUCUAACUGUAAGCAUUGAUUCCACUUAUAUUUAAAUAAAAUUAGUUUUUCCUUGAAAA